GGUCUGUCAACCUGUUUCAACGGUGAUCACGUGCUAGUUGCGUGCACACGCUCCGCACGUGGCGGAAUGUUGCUGGAGGUGAACCUCGCCGCGCGCAUGGAGAGUGCCACCAUCGAGCAAAUCCACCGCGUUAAACAGCUUCAGAUAAACAGCGUCGACAGGCUUCCGGUCAUCAGGAAGCUGACACGUGACCAGGGUCUCACUAGGACAUACGCAUUUAAAGAGUUCCGGUUUGAGCCGCCGUACGCGUCUCGCCGCCGAGACCGAAAGAAGAAGAAGACACUGCCGCCGAUACCGGAACUGAUGAUGCCGAAGCGGCACAACAGCUUCGACGAAGAGCUUGACGAGGAACUGGACCAGGUGUCGGAGAUUCCAACCCUUCCCUCGAUCACCAUCUCACCGGCAUUUAUCACUGAGCGGGUUGACGACCGAUCUCUGUCAGUGGAAGUGACCCGUAAGAGUCCUCAAGGUCACCUCUUCAACGCACGUGAGUUCACAUUUCCUGAGUCCGGACCGCACCGGAAGCGACAGUUGCCUGGCAAUCCACAGCCGAUAGUUCCCGCCCUGACGCCCCGUGCGCGGGAUACUCCGCUGCAGGCGAAAAUAGAAAAACUGGCCAAACAGAAGCGUAAAGAAAGGGCAAAGCGGUUGGCAGAGCGCCGCUACGAACGCAAACAGCACAAUAUGACCGACUUUCCCGACACGACUACUCACAUGGCUUUCCGGCCACGCCGAGAACCGGAAACGCAGACGACAUUCCAACUGCGCGAACAGAAACAAUCCCCGUUCAAACAAAUGGUGCGCGCGCAGGAGGAAACGCAUGCGGAGAAGCCUCGAUUACAUCCGCGCCUCUACAACCGGAUUGUGGACAGCAUUUACACGUACACAAAGGGCAUACAAGACGCUGGGUGGGAGACGGAACACCAGGGUCCUUACGAGCGGCUCAUGGUUACCCCGGUUACGGCGAAGGAAGAAACCAAGGACGACAUUCAUAGACAUGUCGCUCAUUCACCACAUUUUGUUUAACGACAGUGAUAAUAAAAAUCCAAAUGUGGGUAUCCGGUUGUAAUGUUUACGUUAAAAAGGUUAGAAUGAAGAGUGAGCUGGCAGCAUAGAGUAUUCAGUAUCGGUAAAUAGAGAGAGAGAGAGAGAGCAGUAUUUUCAGAAAGCAUUUAUUAUAUAAUUGUGGGUUUAUAUAAAAAAAGAAGAUACAGACAUAGUCAUUUUACGUCGGAAAGAAUUAUGGUCCAGACAAGGUAUACAGUGAAUCAUGAACAUACGCGUUAAAACCAGUUCAUUUAAGUUUAGUUCCAUUAUUGACAUUGACAUUGUUUCCACGUUACUGUACGAUUCUUUUUUUAUAAUUUGGCGUAAAAGCUAGGAAACAGAAUAUUACCAGUGUCGUGAAAAAUAUAGUCAAUUAGUAUAUGAAAUAUGUUAAUUCUUGAUCAACCUAUCAAAUUACCCCCAUAAGGCAUAUUUACAAAAUAGACUUUAAAAAUUAGAAAUAACUUACAUAUAACUAUGAAGAUAUGCAAUGAUUAAAUGGUUGGGUUAUAAUAAUUAUAA